CACAUACACCCUACCUUGUGAAAUCAUACUUACAGUCUGAAACAGUCUGUAUAAUUACAAUGUUCAUCCCUGAUAUGGCAGCUGGUCGUCUGUUUUUGGUCAUCGUCCUUCUAUAUACCUUUCAAUACAUCAAAGCCCAAGUUCAGAAACCAAUGAUUAGUGCCAGUCACAAUGAGGAGGAUUUCAUCAUCACCUGUUUGAUUCCUGGACCUGCUGGUAGAGACACCACCUGUAACCUGUAUAUUGGAGAGAAGAAUAAGCCAUUCUUGAAAACACAGAUAUGGAAAAAGAAAACCAAAAAAACCAAGCAAUGGUACUGUACAUUCUCUGUGACCGAAGACGAUCUGAUCAGACAUCUACAGUCAGUGAGGAGUAAGGAGGUGAGCUGUGACUACAGAGUGAGCUCAGGACCAAACUCUCUCUCUCCACGUAGUGAUGGGUACAGCUUUACAGAUCUGGUGGAAGUUCACAUCAGUGAUCCAACAACUAUUACAGCAGGAUUGACCUCUCCUUUGACCCCCAGCACAGCAGUGAAUCCUACGUCAGGUUGGACUGUUCUUUCUACUUUGACCAGUGACACCGCAAAGAUUUCAACUGAAGGAGGUCAAAGCUACACAGAAAGUGAGGUUUUUUCAAACAGUCAAGAAAGCGUUACAGCAUGUUCAACUGUUGCUUCUACUUUGACCCUUGACAUCACAGUGAGACCAACUACCAGUUUGACCUCUCCUUUGACCCCCACCACAGCAGUGACUCCUACAUCAGGUUCGACUGUUCGUUCAACUUUGACUACUGACACCACACUGAGUCCAACGGAAGGAAAAAGCUCCACACAAAGUAUUCUGUCGGGGCAGGUUUGGCAGGCAGCAGUGGCUGUGGUUUCUGGAGUAGGUGUGUUCCUGGUGGGAUUGACCGCUUUCUGUCUCUGCAGGAGCACCAAGAAAAACAAUUCUCUGAGACCUACAGCCAGACAGGAUGAUGACAACCAAUAUGAGUUGGUGUUGGGAGCCAUGAGCAGGGCAGCCAUGGUGGAUUCUGGGGAAGCUGGGAUAUACAGUCUGAUCACCUCUGUUUCGGCCACGUUUUUGCCCUCAGGUCCUGUUCCGGAAUCUGCACAUGAAGAUGUCGAUUCAGGGAAUACAGGGAUCUAUAGGCUGAUCACUGCACCACGCACAUCUAUACCUUCAGGCCCUAUCGAAGAGAAUGGACAGCCAUUUGAAAACUACACAACUGAUACGUACCACAUGUACUGCUCGAUCCCUGACAAACUAGCAAACUCAGCCCAGCCGGAUGGGUUGUACAGUCUUCUACAGGCACACUGAAACUACACCACUGGCUGUCUGUAGCUAUGUCUCACACAAAUAUCCUCUUUGUCCCAUGAUGUGCUUUGUUUAUUACAUAUCAAGUUACUGAGCGUAUCCAUAACAUCUGUUACUGUGUUAGUAGUUUUAUUUUGGAGGGGUCUGGUGGCAUACUCCUGAGUACUUGUCUGAUUUUGUUCUCGUAGUAAACACAAAAUCUACUGUGUA